GUGUGUGUCUCUCGCUCUUUCUAUCCAUCUUUUUCUAAUGUUGUAUCUAUUAUGUGUUGUGCCGUGUGCAGUAUGAAAUAAAGACUACCUGCGCUGAGCAUCAGUGAAGUUCAUUUUAAAUCGGUAUUUUUCACGUAGUGGUACCUCAGUGCGAUUUUAAACAAAACAAAAUGCCUUUCACUCCCGUCGAAACUGCAAAGUGCCCCAAGUGCGGCAAAUCCGUAUACGCUGCCGAAGAACGCGUUGCCGGAGGAUACAAAUACCACAAGACCUGCUUCAAAUGUGGAAUGUGCAACAAAGCUCUUGACUCCACAAACUGCACAGAACACGAAAAGGAAUUGUUCUGCAAAAAUUGCCAUGCCCGCAAAUAUGGACCUAAGGGUUACGGUUUCGGUGGCGGUGCUGGUUGCCUUUCCAUGGACACUGGUGCUCAUUUGAACAGAGAAGAAAUUGAUGGUGUACGCAAUGGUGCUCGCCUUGAACCCAAAAAAAUUGCCAAAGCACCAGAAGGCAUGGGAUGUCCCCGUUGCGGUGGUUAUGUUUACGCCGCCGAGCAAAUGUUGGCCAGAGGCAGAGGUUAUCACAGAAGAUGUUUCAAAUGUUUGCUCUGCAAUCGUACUUUGGAUUCAACAAUGCAUUGUGAUGGUCCUGAUAAGGAUAUCUAUUGCAGAGGUUGCUACGCACAAAGAUUUGGUACCAGAGGUUAUGGUCAUAUAGGCAUGUCAUCUUUAGGUCUAAUGUCUGAUAUAAAAGACAUUGAAUGGCAAAGCGAUAUGGCUCCACGUACAGCUGCUAUUGAUGUGAGCAAGAUUCAAGCUCGUCCCGGUGAGGGUUGUCCACGUUGUGGUGGUGUUGUCUUUGCUGCCGAACAAGUGCUUUCUAAAGGCCGUGAAUGGCACAGAAAGUGCUUCAAGUGCAAUGAUUGCACCAAGACUUUGGAUUCGAUCAUUGCUUGCGAUGGUCCCGAUAAGGAAGUCUACUGCAGAACUUGCUACGGCAAAAAAUGGGGUCCUCAUGGCUAUGGUUUUGCCUGUGGAUCUGGAUUUUUGCAAACUGAUGGUUUGACAGAGGAGCAAAUUAUUGCCAACCGUCCAUUCGCAGCCCCUGAUACUACAUCAAUUAAAGCGCCCGAGGGUGAGGGUUGUCCUCGUUGUGGUGGUGCCGUAUUUGCCGCCGAACAGCAAUUGUCCAAAGGCAGAAUGUGGCAUCAGAAGUGCUACAACUGCAGCCAGUGUCAUCGUCCUCUAGAUUCGAUGCUUGCUUGUGAUGGUCCCGAUAAGGAAAUCUACUGCAAGGCCUGUUAUGGCAAGAACUUUGGACCCAAAGGCUUUGGUUAUGGCCACACUCCAACAUUGGUGUCUACAACUGGCGAAUCUACUAUGCAAUACCCUGAUGGCAAACCUUUCAGUGGUGCCCGUUCGUCUGGAGGUUGUCCCCGCUGUGGAUAUGCAGUCUUUGCUGCCGAACAAAUGAUCAGCAAGAGCCGUAUUUGGCACAAGAGAUGUUUCCACUGUGCCGAUUGUCGCAAAUCAUUGGAUUCCACCAACUUGAACGAUGGUCCUGAUGGUGAUAUUUAUUGCAGAUCUUGUUAUGGUCGUAACUAUGGUCCCAAGGGUGUUGGUUAUGGCCUAGGUGCCGGUACUUUGUCAAUGUCUUAAGCGUUACACUAACUAACAGAGUAACACUAAGAAAAACAUUUCCAUUCAAAUCGCCUACCACAAAAAACAAACAAACAAAAAAUACCACUACAACGACGAAAAACUUUAAAUUAAAAUGAUACAAAUGAAACGAAAUGAAAAGUAGUAGAUUUAAAAUAAAACUUUUAAUUAAACGAACAAACAAACAAACGAUAUUUACAAACAAAUCCAAUCAAUGAUAAUAAUUAAUCGUAUUGUAAAUCUACACCAACAUUAAACAAAUGGAAGUUACGACCCCUUUUUAACGAACGCCCACACAAUAUAUAUAUUGAAAUUCUUGUUGAGGAACAUUAUAAUAGAAAAACGAUCAUUGCGAAAUAUGUAUAUGUAUCUAUAAUGUACCUACCUAUACAUAUAUACAUACAUCAUAUACAUAUAUGAUUAUUAUACUUAUUUUUAUUUCUUUUUUUAUAUUUUAUACAUAUACAUAGAUAGUUUACAAUAUAGAAACAAACCUGAUUAUAAACAAAAAAAUAAAAUAAAAUAUAAAAAUGCAUACAUUUAUAGUUAAGCAUAAAGCAUAAGAAUGUGAAAAUGAAAUGAAAUGAAAAAAAAAUAAUGAAAGUGAACAAACCUUUAUCGAGUAUGAGACAAUAAUUAAUUACAAACAUACAUACUAGAAUUAUUACAUUAUUAUUUUAUAUAUACAUAGAAGAUACAUACAAUACAUACUACUAAGUAUAUAUAGUAUACAUACAUACAUAUGUAUGUAUGUAAGUAAACUCAAUGAAGUGCAUGCAUGCAUAUACAUACAUACAUACUAUAUAGUUUUAUAUAAACACAAACAAACAAACAAAUCUAAAACUUAAACUAAAAAAAAGUAAAUUAACAAACAUUUUAGAAAUAAAUGCUAUUAAAAAGAAAAA